AUGUUUUUUAUGGCAGAGAUAUUUGAAUUUAAAGUGGAGCAGCUUAUACAACUGAUGCGGGAGACAUCUCUGAAUCGUAGCCAGAACAUCGAUGUCGUCAGAAGAAAUUUUCGGAGAAUAGUAGACUACCAUCAGGAUAUUCAUGAGUGUUACCUCAUGGUAAGGGAACUUGCAGCAGAUUUAUCAGCCUUAAUUAUAAUUGGUUAUGUCCCUUUUACGGCAGCUUUGAUGGUAUUCCUCAUCACGGAUUUCAAUAUUGCUCACUUGGAUGAAUUCUUUAUAAUAAUCACAAAUUUGUACAUGUGGUGUACCGCUAUGCAGAAAAUUUUUGAUAUGGGAGACAAACUCACUGAAGGAGCCUUUGAAAUGGAUUGGUAUGAAAUGGAUAAUAGAAUGAGCAAAGACUUCGUUAUUUUUUUUAUGAAACUUCAUCAGCCUUUAAAAAUUAAAUCAUUGUUUUUCGAUUUGAAGAAACCGAUACUAGUCUCGAUGAUGAAAACCAUGUAUUCCACUCUGAUGCUUAUUCUCAACACAAAUAACUAA